AUGACUGCUUGUUGCGUCCCAAAAAUUGAUGCAUUAAAAACUUUAGGUAAUCCUUUAGAGGAUGCUAAAAGAGCAGCAGCUUACAGAGCUGUUGAUGAAAAUCUAAAAUUUGAUGACCACAAAAUUAUUGGAAUUGGUAGUGGUAGCACGGUAGUCUAUGUUGCUGAGAGAAUUGGACAAUAUCUGGAUGACCCCAAAUUUUCUGAAGUAACAUCCAAAUUCAUUUGCAUUCCAACAGGAUUUCAAUCUAGAAACUUAAUCUUGGAUAACAAAUUGCAACUAGGCUCUAUUGAACAAUAUCCUCGCAUUGAUAUAGCCUUUGAUGGUGCCGAUGAAGUGGAUGAACAUUUACAAUUAAUUAAAGGUGGCGGUGCUUGUUUGUUCCAAGAAAAAUUGGUUAGUACGAGUGCAAAGACCUUUGUUAUCGUCGCUGAUUCAAGAAAAAAAUCGCCAAGGCAUUUAGGUAAAAAUUGGAGACAAGGGGUCCCCAUCGAAAUCGUGCCUUCCUCAUACGUCAGAGUAAAGAACGAUCUAUUAGAACAAUUGCAUGCAGAAAAAGUUGAUAUCAGACAAGGAGGAUCUGCUAAAGCAGGUCCAGUCGUAACUGACAAUAACAAUUUCAUUAUUGAUGCAGAUUUCGGCGAAAUUUCCGAGCCAAGAAAAUUGCAUAGAGAUAUUAAAUUGUUAGUUGGUGUAGUGGAAACGGGUUUAUUCAUUGACAACGCCUCAAAAGCUUAUUUCGGUAAUUCUGAUGGUACUGUUGAAGUUAUGGAAAAGUGA